AUGGCUAACCAAGAGAAGCAACACAAGAAAGGGUUCAUGUAUAUUUACAAAACUAGCACAAGAAACAAAGAUUUAGAACAUGGUAUGGAAAAAGUAAAGAAACCAAGUUCAAGAAGUUGGUUACAAUGGAUAAGAUAUCCAACAAGAAGUUACAAUGUUGAAAAUGAAGGAUAUGUUGAGGCAAGAAAUUCUACAUCAUCAUCAAGAGGAGGGUAUGUGGAAGGAAGAAACUCAGUGUCUUGCAUAGAAGCAUCAUCAUCGCCAGCAAUAACAACAACAACAAGAAGAGGAAACAUAGUUGAGGAAGGAAGAAAAUCAGUGUCUUAUGUUGAAACAAAGUUUGUAGAAUCAGAAAAGGUUGUUGGCAAAUUUGUUGAGGCAAGAAAAUCAGUGUCUCAAAUUGAAACAUUGUCUUCUGUAAUUGAAUGUCUUGAAGUGAAGGUUUUGGUCUCAGAUAUGCCAAGUUUCAUGCAAGUGCAUGCUUUUCGUUGUGCAAGAAGGACUUAUGAUAGUCUUGAGGAGUUAAGCUCCAAACAUAUAGCUCAUAACAUAAAAAAGGAGUUUGAUAAAGCCUAUGGUCCAGUAUGGCAUUGUAUUGUAGGCCCAAGUUUUGGUUCUUUUGUGACACAUUCAACUGGUUGUUUUCUUUAUUUUUCAAUGGAAAAUUUAUAUAUUCUACUCUUUAAAACCAAAGUUAAGAAGACAUUGGAUUAA